CACUGUUCCCUGCAACUAAGAGAACAUAAUGAAGGCUGGACAAAAUCUCAAGGUGAAUGGUAAUCAAAACCAGAAGGUCAAGGGUGCUCAAUCUCGUGAUAAUGGCAAAGGGACAAAAAAAACAAGAACUCCAGCAAAAUAUGUUGCACCUGGCUCGCUUGGGAGGAGAGUUCCAAAUCGGCCAACUUCAUUCUCCACC